UGAAGGAGGCGGGGCCCCGGCAAUUUGAAUGUGAGAAGCGGGCCCAAAGGAAGGAGCGGAAUGGAAGCGGGGGCCUCGGCGCCGCUGAAGACACGCCAGAUGGCGACGGCCACCUCAGGUACUCGGGUCGUGCCAGGACGCGGCGGGGCACCGAAGUCUGGAGCUUCAUGGGGAGCUGGUCGCUGUCGUCUAAGCAAGGUAGGAGCGGGCCGGCGCCCUCCUCCAGCUCGAGUGAGGGUGGCUGUGCGACUGCGGCCAUUUUUGGAUGAAACAGCUGGAGCAAGUGAACCCCCCUGUGUACGGGCCAUAGACAGCUGCUCUCUUGAGGUCGCCAACUGGAGGAACUACCAGGAGACUCUGAAAUACCAGUUUGAUGCCUUCUAUGGGGAGAGGAGCUCUCAGCAGGACAUCUAUGCAGGUUCAGUGCAGCCCAUCCUGAGGCACCUUCUGGAAGGCCAGAAUGCCAGUGUACUUGCCUAUGGGCCUACAGGAGCCGGGAAGACACAUACCAUGCUGGGCAGCCCAGAGCAGCCUGGAGUGAUUCCCCGGGCGCUCAUGGACCUCCUGCAGCUCACAAGAGAGGAGGGCGCUGAGGGCCGGCCAUGGGCCCUUUCUGUCACUAUGUCCUAUUUAGAGAUCUACCAGGAAAAGGUAUUAGACCUCUUGGACCCUGCGUCAGGAGACCUGGUGAUCCGAGAAGACUGUCGGGGAAACAUCCUGAUUCCAGGCCUCACGCAGAGGCCCAUCACUAGCUUCACUGAUUUUGAGCGACACUUCCUGCCCGCCAGCGGAAACCGGACUGUCGGAGCCACCCGGCUCAACCGGCGUUCCUCCCGCAGUCAUGCAGUGCUCCUGGUCAAGGUGGAUCAGCGGGAGCGUUUGGCCCCAUUUCGACAGCGGGAAGGGAAACUCUACCUGAUUGACCUGGCUGGCUCGGAAGACAACCGGCGCACAGGCAACCAGGGCCUGCGGCUCAAAGAGAGCGGAGCCAUCAACACUUCCCUUUUUGUACUGGGCAAGGUGGUGGAUGCACUGAACCAGGGCCUCCCUCGUGUGCCCUAUCGGGACAGCAAGCUCACCCGCCUGCUGCAGGACUCUCUGGGUGGCUCAGCCCACAGCAUCCUCAUCGCCAACAUUGCUCCUGAGAGACGUUUUUACCUAGACACGGUCUCUGCACUCAACUUUGCUGCUAGGUCCAGGGAGGUGGUCAACCGGCCUUUCACCAAUGAGAGCCUGCAGCUUCACGUCUUGCCACCUGUUAAGCUGUCGCAAAAAGAACUGCUAGGCCCGUCUGAGGCAAAGAGAGCCCGAGGCUGUGAGGAAGUGGAGCCUGGGAGCCCCGAGCCUGCAGCAGCUCCAGCCUCUGCCUCCCAGAGAUUCAGCCCGCUGCAGAAGCUAAGCAACAUGGACCCGGCCAUGCUGGAACGCCUCUUGAGCUUGGACCGAAUGCUGGGCUCCCAGGGGAGCCAGGGGACCCCUCUGCUGAACACCCCCAAACGAGAGCGAAUGGUGCUCCUGAAGACAGUGGAAGAGAAGGACUUGGAAAUUGAGAGACUUAAGAUGAAGCAAAAGGAGCUGGAGGCCAAGGUACUGGCCCAGGAGGCAACAGAGGAAGAGGAGAAGGAGAACUCUCGCUCAUUGCUUCGACCCCUUUCCCGCCACACAGUCACAGUGGCAAAGCCCCUGAAAAAGGCAGUGGUGAUGCCCCUACAGCUGAUUCAGGAGCAGGCAGCGUCUCCACAUGCUGAGAUCCAUGUCCUGAAGAAGAAAGGGCGGAAGAGAAAGCUGAAGUCCCUGGAUGCCUCGGAGCCUGAGGAGCAGAAGCCUGAGGACUGCUGGGAGCUGGAGAUCAGCCCCGAGCUGCUGGCCCACGGGCGCCAAAAGAUCCUGGACCUCCUUAACGAGGGUUCAACCCGCGAUCUGCGCAGCCUGCAGCGCAUCGGCCAGAAGAAGGCCCAGCUCAUCGUGGGCUGGCGGGAGCUCCACGGCCCCUUCAGCCAGGUGGAGGACCUGGAGCGCGUGGAAGGCAUCUCCGCCAAGCAGAUGGAGUCGUUCCUGAAGGCGAACAUCCUGGGCCUGGCCGCCGGCCACCGCUCCGGCCCCUCCUGACUGCUGUCUCCUCACAUCUGUUAUUUUAACCCUUGUAUAACCUCCUGGCGUGUAAAUACAGUUAUUACUCUCGUG